AGCAUCUCAGUGCUGUCCUGUCCACUAUGUUUUCCUUUUGUCAAACCUCCACCCAGAGAGGCAGUGGAGAACACAGCCAGCAACAGAGCAACUUAAAAGGCCGUUAAACUUCACCCGUCACUCCCUAAUCGAAUAUAAGAGCCCCGUCUUUUCGGCUGCAGUGCAAGCUAUAAAAACCAGUCAUAAGAAAAGUGAGGCUCUAAGGCUCUGCCACAUCUUUCUAGCCAUCUAAGUACUCUUGAUUACAGUCUUAUCACCCUAUUGGCCCUACAUAGAGUUACAGCUCGAGGAAAACCGACAUCUCUCCGUUUGAACACACUGCAAAACUUCUCUUGCCGUGUCCAAGGUAAAACUCUGGAAGUAGGGCAGGUCAAAGUCUCCUCCAAGUUGUCCAAGUCAAUAGUGAAAUAAAACAAAGCCUAACUUUUCCCAGAAAACCAGUCCUUUCGUUCUCAUCUCUUAGAUUCCUCACCUACCCACGUUUGAAUUUAUAUAUUUCAAACAAGCACAACACACCCCCACCAAUUGCUACCUUGAACAUUUAGACAAAAUGGGGUUUGCUAUAAUUCUAAUGUUUCUGCUCUUCUACUCUUCUUUCACCACCAUAUCACUAGCCCAGCAAGCAUUCAAGUGCACAGAAAGAAGCACAUGUCGUUCUUUGGUUGGUUACAAGUCCCCUAACACGACCUCCAUCUCCUCCAUCCAGAAACUCUUUGGUGUCAAAAACCUACACUCUCUUCUAGGAGCAAACAACCUUCCUUCCUCAACCUCGCCAAACCACAUGAUCCAAGAGCAGCAAGUAAUAAAAAUCCCAAUCCCAUGCAUAUGUUUUAAUGGGACAGGUGCCUCAAACAAGAUGCCCAUUUACACAGUCCAACCAGAUGAUGGGCUGUAUUAUAUUGCAAACAAUGUCUUCAUGGGCUUGCUUACAUACCAAAGAAUCCAACAAGUGAAUAAGAUAGAAAACGCUAAUGAGAUCGACGUGGGUCAGGAGCUCUGGAUCCCCCUUCCAUGUAGCUGUGAGGAAGUGGAAGGCGAGAGAGUUGUGCAUUAUGCACACUUGGUGGAAGAAGGGAGCACCGUGGAAGAGAUCGCAGAAAAGUUCGGGACAACUAAUGAUAUACUGUAUAGGCUUAAUGGGAUUACUAAUAACAGUCAACUUAUUGCAGCAACUGCAUUUGAUGUUCCUCUUAAAGCUUGUAGUUCAUCGGUGAGAAAUGACUCUCUGGAUUUUCCGUUCCUUGUUCCUAAUAACACCUAUUUCUUCACUGCUAACAAUUGUGUGAAAUGCAAGUGUGAUGCCGCAAACAACUGGACAUUACAAUGCGAACCGUCCGGAAAUAAACCAUCCAGUUGGUCAACCUGUCCUGCUAUGCAAUGUGAAGGUGGCUUGUUAACAAUCGGCAACACUGCAACUUCUGGUUGCAACACCACAACCUGUGCCUAUGCCGGUUUUAGCAGGGACCAAAACAUCUUAACAACUCUAGCCACACAGUCUACUUGUCCAGUUACUACAGCUCCCGCUCCCGCUCGCGCUCCUGCUCCCCCUCCCGCUCCCGCCACCGCCCCCGCCCCCGCUCCGGCCACCACCACCGCCCCCGCCCCCACCCCCCCUCCCGCUCCCGCUUCUGCUCCCCCUCCCGCUGGAAGUCCUGGCAAUUUCGCUUCAAGGAUUGGUCUGAGUUGGAACUACUUGUUCAUCUCUAUUCACAUGAUUCUGCUUCUUGUAUAUCUUCUUUAAUUAGUAAGAAACUGUGCUUAUCUGAGUGUUUUUUUUUUUGGUUUAUUACGGGGAUGUAAGAAUACAAUUUCUUGAUAUUGGGUCAUAUGAGUAAUCAUUUAAUCAACAAAUAAAGGAUGAUGAAGGCAUUGCUAGCUUUAGAUUCUCCAGCUUACAGAGUUGAAUCUUAGCUUAAGGCAUUGUUUUUAUCACUAGCUGCUGCUCGUUCGCAUUCAUGCUUGACAAAUGCUGGAAUUGAAUUGGGCCACCAAGAAACAGCAUUAGCUGGUGGUUUUGCCACUGCUUCAAAGUCAACAAGAAGAGAAAGAGGCGACUUCAAGAGCCCAUGGCAUUGCAUUCCACGCCGAGGGAUGGGAUCGCGUUGAGUUUUUCUGUUCUUUGUAAUAUUUAUUUAUUAUAAACGUUAUUAAUUCAAGUGUACAGUAGUAUGUUUGAGAGUGUAA